UUUCACAAUCAGAGAAGAUGGGUGUAAUAACACUGUCUGACAUCGAUUAUGGCCAGAUAUUCGGACCAUUCCCAAUAUCUCAGACCAAAGCUGAUCCCGCUACAUUCAUUGGUCUUCUGACCAAAGAUAAACAAGUCGACACCAUUUUACUUAAGGUGGACUUAAUGGUGGAUAAAGAUCGCACGGUUGAAUGGCUACCGUACAUCCAGCCGGCUCGUGACGAGGACGAACAGAAUAUUGAAGCUUAUAUGAAGGAUGGCUACGUUUAUUACCGCGCGUUGAGGAUUAUCCGAAAAAACGAGGACCUUUUCGUGUGGUACAGCAAGGAUUUCUCACAGAUCCUGGCCAUUCCUGAAGUACAAAGAAAACAGCGAGAUUCUGAUCCGUACAUUUGUCCGCGAUGCGGAGAAGUUUUUGAAUAUCCAUUCCCUUUAAGAGCUCAUCUUAGAUUUACCUGCGAGCCACGGUCUUUAAUGACAUUGAACGCCAACCAAUUGAUUUCCCGACAAGAACGACAGCUGAAGCUUGAAUCAAUAGAAUCUCAUUUGGAAAAUUCUAGAAUCAAAAAUUGCCCUCGAGCAUUGGAAUUCCAUACAAUUCAACGAGAAAAUGAUAGCAAAAAUGAUUCGCCAUCAGUAAUCAAAGACUAUUCCAGGAAUGUGACAAUUAUGGAAGUGAGCCGUAAACGCCAUCUAGACGACACAGAUACAUUAACACCUUCUCCUAAACUCGCAAAUUCAGAGAAUUAUACGAAAGUCGAGAGGAAAACACUCGAUAAUGGUAUCAAUAAAUCACAGAGAAUUUCUCCUCCGUUUUCUUCGGAUAACUGCGAAAAUACGUUUAAAUUCCGUGAGGAAUCCGAGGAAAAUCGGAGCGCAUUUACAAAGGUUGAAAAAUCGCAUUCCCCUAAAAACGGUAUUACUAACAGUACUGUCAGUAACCAUAGUAACAGUACGACUAUGUCGAAUCAUUUAAUUACUUCGCUCCCUAGUCCUUUGUUGUCUUCAAAAGCUUCAUUAUCUCCAGCUAUUUCUAUGACGUUUACCGGCUCUCAUUACACUAUACCAUCGUUAACUAAUGUACGCCUUAGUUCAGCGUCGUCCGGUUCACUCGCAACCCCAGCUGACUUAUCCCACGUUACAAAUGCUAAUACUCUUUACCUACCACGGUAUCCUGUUUUUCCGUCUUUCGGUCUGACAUCCGCGGCAGUGGCAGCAGCCGCUGCUCAACCCCUUUCGGAUAAUAACUCCCAGCACAGUAUUAUGGAAAUUUAUAAAAGUGGUCUAGUUCACACGACGGAACAAUUUGGAAGUGAAAACGGCAUCACUUUUCCAAAACAUCCGAUUUUCCACGAAAGACCUACAGUCAACCCAUUUAUGAAAACUCAGAAUCCAAUGGUAGAAAAGAUUAUUGCGGGUACAGCGCCAUCAAUGUUGCAGACGCCUCUGGCAGCGUUGACCCUCUCUCAAAACUGGUGUGCCAAAUGCAACGCCACCUUCCGGAUGACCAGUGACUUAGUUUAUCACAUGCGUUCCCAUCACAAACGGGAAUUCGAUCCGAUGAAACGGAAGCGAGAAGACAAAUUAAAAUGUUCGAUCUGUAAUGAAACUUUCCGAGAAAGACACCAUUUAACACGUCACAUGACCUCACAUGUAUAGUAAAAAUAAAUAUAAAUAUAAAUAUUAAAAAUAUAUAUAUAUUGAAAAAUAAUAAAAGAAAAAACUGACAUGACGUGCCAUCUGUUGUAGAUAGACUAAUGUACAUUUUUUCCCCUUUUUUUCUUUUAUUGUUUUUUGCUAUUGCUGUGAAAAAAUACUCAGACUACAUUUAUCUAACAUUCCAUAUAACUCGGAGUAUUGUAGAGUUUAUGCUCUUUGAUUGGGUCAGAAAGAUAAUUUGUGAAAAGUAACAAUUUUUAUUUAUUAUUAUUAUUAUUAUUAUUAU